AUGUCCGUCGAGAAGAUCCUGGCCUGUCCUAUCAUUUCCAUCAAUGCCCGUGUGUGGCGCUUUUGGUCCUUCAUUCUGAAGCACGACUACAUGCGCUACAUCAGCAUCAUCCCGGUUACUGCGAUGACGGUGCUGAUGUUCACCGAUCUGUACCGAGCGUGGGGCAAUAUUGGCGAAGUUAUUAUCAACGCCUACUUUGCCGUGCUCUAUUUCAACGCUGUGUUGCGAGUGCUGAUUUUGGUCCAUUACCACGAGGAGUACGAAUCGUUCUUGGAGAAAAUCGCAGACGUGUACAGGGAAAUCAUCUCAAUGCCGGAUGAAAAAACCAAGGAAAUGGUUCAACUUUUUACGAAACGUGCACGAGUGAUGUCGGUCUCCAAUCUGGGUUUGGGUGCCUUUAUCAGCGCCUGCUUUGUGGUUUAUCCAUUAUUUACCGGCGAACGUCGACUUCCUUACGGAAUGCACAUCCCUGGCGUGAAUAAAUUCGAAUCACCUUUGUAUGAGAUCCUGUAUGUGAUGCAAGCUGUGCUCACCUUUCCCGGGUGCUGUAUGUACAUUCCGUUUACGAGUUUCUUCGCUUCGACGUCGCUGUUCGGUUUGAUUCAGAUCAAAUCACUGCAGUAUCGGUUGGAGAGCUUCAAGCAGAAUGGCACUGGGAAAUUUAAUAAAGAACAACGCUCUCAGCUGGAAGCCAUCAUCAGUGACCAUCAGAGGGUGAUUGCCUAUGUUGGGGAGCUGAAUGGUUUGGUGACGUACAUUUGUCUGGUGGAACUUCUAUCGUUCGGCAUGAUGCUCUGUGCAUUGCUCUUUCUGUUGGUCAUUAUCGAACACUACGCACAGCUCAUCAUCGUGGUGUCGUACAUCUUCAUGAUCAUUUCGCAGAUUUUCGCAUUCUACUGGCAUGCCAAUGAGGUCCGGGAAGAGAGCAUGGCCAUUGGGGAGGCAGCCUACAGUGGACCAUGGAUUGAACUGGAUCAAGCGAGCAAAAAGAAACUGUUGUUGGUUAUCCUCCGAUCACAAGUGCCACUGGAAAUAUCCGUUGGAAAUGUCUAUCCUAUGACGUUGGAAAUGUUUCAAUCAUUAUUGAAUGCAUCUUACUCAUAUUUCACUCUUUUGAAACGUGUUUAUAGCUAA